GCAUCGUUCAAUUCGUGACUAAAAAUAAGGACUUAACCCAACCGAGUCGGCCCGACAGACGAAUAGCGUGUGACAUCUGUUCUGCAGCCUGAAAAAUGGCGUGGUUAUGCGCUCGUAGCGUACUCCAAACUUGUCGACGACCGAUUUCCUACAGCCUCGCGUGUGCCCAAAAGAAAUUCGCCGAUUCCCUCGAUCAUGCCACUGGUUUGGAGAAGAGGGAGAUGCUCGCCCGUUUAGCCGGUAACGAAGAUCCCUAUAAUUUGACUAUAAAACGCCGACCAGACAGUACAAAGGAGAAUCCUAAUAUAGUCUACAGUGCAUUUGAGAGUCGUAUAAUGGGAUGCAUUUGUGAUGAGGAUGCAUUGCAUGUAAAUUGGAUGUGGCUGCAUCAAGGUCCUCCGCGUCGCUGCGAAUGUGGUCAUUGGUUUAAGCUAGUCGAGAAAGCACCUAUAUAAUAUACUUAAGAAUGAACUAGUGGAUUGUUUUCAACAUAGAAUUAAUAUUAUAUUAGACAGUAAUUACAUCUAUUUUCAUUUAUUACCAUAUUCUUCCUCUAUGUAUCCUACCCAAAAUAUAAAUCUUUCAUUGUACCAGAACUGCAGAAAUAAACAAAAAUAUUGUAAAUAUUA